AUGGGCAAUGACGUUUUCGCCCUUGUCAUCGGAAUCAACGACUAUUUUGCGAAAGAUGAUUUUGUAGCUCUGCAAGGGGCGGUCAACGACUCUCGAGCGUUUGUCAAGUUCCUCCUCGACCCAGUCGAGCAACACGGGCUCGGCGCGUCUCCCGAGAAUAUCGUGCAGCUAGAAAACGAGAAAGCGACUAGACAGGGCAUACUUUCUGCAUUCGAAACCCAUUUCCUCAACAACGAGAAGAUCCCUGACCAUGGCGAUGCCACAAUGAUUCUCUUUUUCGCUGGUCACGGCGCACGGAUGUCAGUGCAGGGCACGGCGAUCGAGGUGUUAUGUCCCGUGGACGAGCGCACGGUAGAUGUGGCGGGGAGCACAGUCUAUGCGAUUCCGGAUUAUGUUUUGGGUUGGUUAUUGGCGGAGCUGGAAAGGAAGAAGGGCCCCAAUAUCACCGUUAUUCUCGACUCCUGUCACUCCGGCGGCAUGAAUCGACGCGAAGAUGACUUAGGUCUGGUUCGGGCUGCGUCGUCUCCUUCUGAAGAGGUCCCUGCAACUCUGGAUGCACAUUUCUGGCCCAACGGGAGAGCUGCGACAAAGAACUACAGAUUAUGGGCUCCCACCUCCUCGUCUCACAUUCUCCUUGCUGCUUGUCGUCAGGAAGAGCAAGCUCGCGAGGGUUGGUCGACAGAUGGCUUGAUGCAUGGAAGGUUCACUGCAAAACUCCUCAGCAGACUACGGGGCCUUCCAUUACACCAUACAACAUACGAGGAACUUAUCGCUUAUCUUCCACGUCUACCUGACCAAACGCCACACUGCGGAGGACAACGACGGCAUAGUUUGGUUUUCGAUGGCUUUUUUUCAUUCCCUGGAAGUGAAUCUUGGAGCUUCCGACGAGUUUCUAUCGAGGGUACCCAAUUCGAAAACUAUCCCAGCUGGGUGAUAAAUGCUGGAACUGUGGAGGGUGUGGUCCCUGGGACAGAAUUUAGUGUCCGCCUCCCUGAUUCCAAGUCUACUGUUUUCUGCACCUUGGUCGCACGGACCGUGCAAAUCAAUCACACCAUCGUCAUUCCCGACAUUACUUCCCGAGCGGACCAGACUUGGAAGAACAUAGUUCCCGGCUCUCGUGCAGUCAUCUCCAACUGGAAAAACUCGUCUAUAAUUUCUCACGUUUUCGUCUCAUCGACGUUCCAAUACACGAAUCAUUUGUUUCCUUCAAACCUCCAACGACAUCAAGCAGGGAUGCUGUUUGUUCAAGCCGCAACAGAGAACGGGGCUGAUAUUUCACUUUCUAACGAAGAUAAUGAGCUCGUCAUUCAAUGGCAUACCCAGAAAAAGCUUGGAAAAGUACGACCUGAAACCCGCCUCAAGCUUGAAGCGAAGCAAAUUGAGAACCUGCCACUUAUCAUCGACGGCCUGGUCCGCUUCUGUUAUUUCCUUGAACGGGAGAACGAAGCUUGGCUCAUGACCGGCGUGUCGCUCGAGAUGCAUCGUGUGGAUGGGUUGCCACCGAUCAGCAAACCGGAUUCUAAGUUCGGGAUCAACGGCAAUUUGGUGGAGAAUGGGGUCGUCCAGCUCGUUUCGCAAGAUGAUGCUUAUUACGGAUUCACGGUCCGAAACGAGAGCGGGCAUGACCUGUUCCCGUAUAUGUUCUUCUUCGACCCCGUUCGGUACACGAUCGACCUAUGGUACGAGCCUCCCGACGGCCGCGUGCUUUCCCCGCUGCGGGCCGGCAGCACACUCACCGUCGGUAUGGGCACGGAAGAUGGCAUCGAGUUCUUCCUGGAACCGGACGAGACAACAAGCUCGGGGUUCGUUAAACUCUUUUUCGCCACGAGUAGCCUUGAGCUGGGCUGGAUCGCUCAAGCUCAGUCGCCGCUGGACCCGAGCUUUGUAGACCGGAACCGAAGUGACACGGACGAAGUUAUUGACGAUAAAACACAGGGGGCGCAGCAGUGGGGUGCGCUGGAUGUGUUGGUGACUAUGAUACAAGCAUGA